CGCCUGACCCGGAGCCGCUCGGCCCGCGCUGACGCUGCCUUUGACGCUGUCCCGCCAUGGCUCCCAAGGGCGGCCCCGGCGGCCGGCAGCAGUCCGAGGAGGAUCUGCUGCUGCAGGACUUCAGCCGCAACCUCUCGGCCAAGUCCUCCGCGCUCUUCUUCGGCAACGCCUUCAUCGUCUCCGCCAUCCCCAUCUGGCUUUAUUGGAGAAUAUGGCAUAUGGAUCUUGUUCAGUCUGCAGUCCUGUACAGCGUCAUGACCCUCAUCAGUACCUAUCUUGUGGCUUUUGCAUAUAAAAAUGUCAAGUUUGUCCUCAAACACAAAGUAGCCCAGAAAAGAGAAGAUGCUGUUUCCAAAGAGGUGACUCGCAAGCUGUCCGAGGCAGACAACAGGAAGAUGUCCCGCAAGGAGAAGGAUGAAAGGAUUCUGUGGAAGAAAAAUGAGGUUGCAGACUAUGAAGCAACAACUUUCUCCAUCUUCUACAACAACACCCUCUUUCUGGUCCUGGUCAUCAUUGCUUCCUUCUUUGUGCUGAAGAACUUCAACCCCACUGUAAACUACAUCCUUUCUAUCAGUGCUUCCUCAGGACUCAUUGCUCUGCUGUCCACAGGAUCCAAGUAGACAGAAAACCCACAGCAGUUUCUUCCUGUGAGAGGCUUCAACUGCCAUGAAAAUGUCUAAGGGUGGAAUAGGAAUAUUUUUUCUUUUAGCAUGAGGAAAAUGUGGGGAGGGUUUGAACCCAAACUGGUUGAAUUAUAUUUACUUUUGGUAUCUUUACAUGGUAUUCGAUAUUGGAGUUAUUCAGGUUUUUUUUUACUUAGCGAGGAGAGGGAAUGGGGUGUGAGCUGUGAGCAGACAUCACCACAGAGGAGUGAUGGUGCUGCAGCUCCACCCUGGGACUCUGCUCACACAGCUGUACCUGCAGCCUGGAGCAGAAUUCCCCUGGCAGUUCGGUGACUGGCCUCAGCCAAACUCACUGGGCAUAGACGAGACAAUCCCUUUAUCAUUGUAACUUGAAAAGUUGUAAUAAAAAGGAGCUUUUUUUGCCGUUUAA